CUGUUAAAUUUACGUAACAGAGUAUCAUUGAUCGAUGAUGGACUUUAGCGAAGGGCACCAAAUUGAUACAGCCGCGGCACCGCGCUAUUUACGCCAUGACAGCUAACCUGUUUAACUUUGUGAUGUCGUUUUUAAGUUCGAAACAACUACAAAAUAAACACUAAACACACACAACAGUUGCAGCUCUGUACCAGAAGUCUGCUGGUAUUGUGAUAACAGACAUGCAUCUGGAAGAGCAGUACAAGACGUUUGAAAUAGCAGUAUAUAAGACAAGAGUGGGGAAAAGAAAAUGAAUUAAUGUCAUUGUGUUCGAGACACCAAAACAGUAAAGAAGAAAAACAGUUAUUGCAAGUAUGUAAAUUACUAUAGAUAUGUGUUGGAAAGAAAUGUGAAAGUGAAUUACACGACACGAGACAGUGAACCGGCAAAGUGGUUCUAUUUUAUUUUUUUUUAAUCUCAUAAUAUAUAACUGAGCAGUGUGUGUGUACUCACCUAGUGGAAUGAAAAUAGAUGAUUCUGCUAGUGACUGAUUUGAAUAGUGAUGUGUGAUGGAACAGUUUAUUUGUUGAUGUUUUGUCAACUGGAACUCAGUGGUACAAUCUACUUUCUCCUUACAUGCCAGCCACAAACAUAGAUAAUUUAACUUCAAUGAAAUAUUCUUGUAGUUGGUAGCAUUAUGUGGACUGUAUAGUAGAGUGUGUAAAUCUGAACGUGUGAAUUUAAAAGAACUUGUUUAAAGAAGAAUUGAGUGAUGACAAGAGAGAGAGAAUGAUGUGGUGGUAAUCCUUAGAGGCACGAAUUUCCAGAGGUUGGAGAGAGCAUAGUGAUGAAUGCUGAGCAGCAUGUGCCUUCAGCUACAGGCAGCCAGUCAGAGGAGCAAGCAUCAGCAUCCGCUGUUCACAGAAAUACAGGAACAUCAGCUGAUUUACGUGUGGGAACAGCUGUUGCCCUCUCUAGUGUGGCAAAAUACUGGGUUCUCACAAAUUUAUUUCCAAGUCCGCUUUCACAAGUGUACAUCCAGCCAUCUCGACAGGCUUGUGAGAACGGAAAGAACUCACAGGAAAGUGUUGCCCAGCAGACUUGUGUCAAUGGCCAAUCGGGUAUUGGAGCGGCGACAGACACAAUGGCAUUAGUGCCUCAUCACACAGAGCAGCAGCCCCAACAGCAGCCUCUUCCCGUGCAGACACCUAUUGCACCAUCGCAAGGUACUGUUGCUACCAUAUCUCUACCAUCUUCACAUGGAGAGCUUGCCGUUUCAAUAAGUGUUGAAAAUAAAGUGAAACAGGACAAGGGAACCUGUACAACUGAGAGGUGUGGAGAAAAUCAGGUUCAUUGCCAGGUGCAGUGUGACCUUCAGUUGGUAAACACUAAUUCAGUCACACAGCCACACAGUGAACAGUUAGUAGCCCAGCAACAGGCAAUUGCCUUACAUAUCUCUCAGCAAUUACAACAGCAUCAUCAGCAGCAACAGUUGCAGCAAACUCAGCAACAACAACAACAACAACAACAACAACAACACCAGCAGCAGCCGCAGCAACAGCCACAUCCAGCUCCACCACAACACCAGCAGCACCAACAAAACCAGCACAUCCAACAUCAUCCUCUACAGCCACAAGUGCAUCAGUCACAGCAGCAACACCAGACUCCAUCACCACAGCUUCAGAAUCAACAACAGCAGCAGCAAUUGCACUUACACCAUCAGGCUUCACAGCAGAGGCAAGCACACCAACCACCUCCACCUUCCCAGCCACCUCCAGCAGCGUCUCUGCCCCAAGGCCACCAACAGCAGACUUCCCAGAUGCACCAGCAACAGCAGUCACAUCAGCAGGCCCCACAGCAAUCACACCAGCCUCACCACCAGCAGCAACAGCAGACACAAACACUUCAGCAGCAUGUUCCACAACAUCAGCAACAGCAACCAAUACAUGCGGAACAAAUGUGUCACUCACACCAAACACACCCACAACAACCGCAGGGCCAGCAGCAGCAGCAGCAGCAGACACAACAGUCACCUCAUCAAGCUCAACAGCAGCAACAAGCACAGCAGCUGCAACAGCAAUUACCACAACAACCAUUACAUCAGCAGUCACAACAAGGACAUCAGCCGCAGCAGCAGCAGUCAUCAUCCCAGCCAAAGCAACAGCAGCAGCAGAUAACUGGCAGUGAAAAUCAAAGCAGGCCAGCAGAGGGUCAGCAUGCAAGUCGCAGCACGUCAUCCUGCUCUCGUGAAUCUAGUACUCAAGUAGAUACUAGCUCUGAUCACUCAGACAAAGAUGAGAAGGCAACUGUUUCAUCCGCAUCUACUAAAGAAGAACGCAUCUUGUUACCAGGGUUUCCAAUUCAAGAUCUUAAAGGCCACACAAUGGAUAUUCGCACUCCUGACGGAAAUAUUGUAAAGAUAAGUGCUCCUAUUAAUGGUGAACAGGACCUUUCCAAGACACUUGGAGUUGAAAUGGUCCAAAACAUGUACAAGGUGAAUGUAGAGGAAUUCAACCAGUUGUUAGCGUACCAUGAAGUAUUUGGCAAACUACAAAGUGAGAUGGUUGCAAACAGUGCACAGGGUGCAAUGCUGUCCGCUGGAAAGUCUUGUGGAGAGGGGAGUGUGAGUGCUGUGGCUGCCCAGGCUUCUGCCAUCCUUAAUACUCCUGGCACACAUCCCUGCGAGGUCUGCGGCAAAAUCUUCCCGUACCGUUAUCAGCUGAUUGUGCAUCGACGCUACCAUACUGAGCGGAAGCCCUUCACGUGUCAGGUGUGUGGGAAGGCAUUCUCUAGUGCUGCCGACUUAACAAGGCAUGGCAAAGCUCAUCUCGGUGGGAGCAUGCUGACUUGCUCAAUCUGCUUCCACGUCUUCGCAAACGCUGCCAGUUUGGAACGCCACGAGAAGCGGCACUCAGCAGACAAACCAUACGCCUGUUCGGUGUGCGGCAAGACGUUCGCACGCAAAGAGCACCUAGACAACCACACCCGCUGCCACACCGGAGAGACGCCUUACCGCUGCCAGUACUGCACCAAGACGUUCACGCGCAAGGAACACAUGGUCAACCACAUCAGGAAGCACACAGGUGAGACGCCUCACCGCUGCGACAUCUGCAAGAAGUCUUUCACACGAAAGGAACACUUCACGAACCACAUAAUGUGGCACACAGGCGAGACACCUCACGCCUGCCAGAUCUGCGGGAAGAAGUACACGCGGAAGGAGCACCUGGCCAACCACGUGCGGUCGCACACCAACGACACGCCAUUCCGCUGCGAGAUGUGCGGCAAAUCAUUCACGCGGAAGGAGCACUUCACGAACCACAUCAUGUGGCACACGGGUGAGACGCCUCACCGGUGCGACUUCUGCUCAAAGACGUUCACACGAAAGGAGCACCUGCUGAACCACGUGCGCCAGCACACCGGGGAAUCUCCGCACCGCUGCAACUUCUGCUCCAAGUCGUUCACGCGCAAGGAGCACCUGGUGAACCACGUCCGCCAGCACACAGGUGAGACACCCUUCCACUGCGGGUACUGUCCCAAGGCCUUCGCCCGCAAGGACCACCUGGCGAACCACGUCCGCCAGCACACGGGCGAAUCGCCACACAAGUGCCACUUCUGUACGAAAUGUUUUACCCGUAAAGAGCACCUCACCAACCACGUAAGGCAGCACACAGGCGAGUCUCCCCACCGCUGUCAGUACUGCUCCAAGUCUUUUACCCGAAAGGAACACUUGACUAAUCACGUGCGUAUCCACACAGGCGAGUCUCCGCACCGUUGCGAGUUCUGCGCCAAGACAUUCACCCGGAAGGAGCACCUGACCAACCACCUGCGGUGCCACACCGGCGAGACCCCUCACUGCUGCCACGUCUGCUCCAAACCGUUCACCCGCAAGGAGCAUCUCGUGAACCACAUGCGCAGCCACACGGGCGAGCGGCCUUUCGGCUGCGCUGAAUGUGGAAAAUCCUUUCCCCUUAAGGGUAACCUACUGUUCCACCAGCGGUCACACAACAAAGGUGCAGCUGCCGAAAGACCUUUCCGCUGUGAUCUCUGCCCUAAGGACUUUGUAUGUAAAGGGCACCUGGUCUCCCACCGCCGUAGUCAUUCUGGCGAUCGGCCACACUCGUGUCCGGACUGUGGGAAAACUUUUGUGGAGAAGGGAAAUAUGCUCCGGCACUUGCGCAAGCAUUCAGCAGUCGGUCAACAACUGUCUCUAGUACCACACCACCAUGGCGUUGUCGUUCAGCAUUUGGCACAUCAUCCUCCCACGCUUCCUCCCACAGCUCCUCCUCCUGCCCACCCACAAGCUGCUAUCCAGCAUCCUCCACAGCCACAACCACAGUCACAGCCACAGUCAUCACAGCAACCCCCAUCUCAUCAACAGCAGCAGCAACAGGCACAGCAGCAGCAGCAGCAGCAGCAGCAGCAGCAGGCACAGACCCAACAACCUCCACCACCACAAGCACCACAACCACCACCGCCACCACCACAGCAACAACAGCCUCCCCCACUUCCAGGACCACCUCAUUCCGCAGUUGUUGUACCGACACAAAAUGCUGUCCUAGCCACGUACUGAAUCCAGUAAUAAACUGCUUGCAGUCGUUAAUUGUUCCUGAGUCCAAUGAGUAUAAUAUUUUCAGUCUUCUAAUUUAAUGCUAUGUGCCAUAUCUGCCAAUAUUUUCAGAUUUCUUCUACAACCAGCAUUAAUUCAGACAUUACACAGGUAACUUUUAAUAUGUUUGCAUAAUCAUGUAAUUAUUUGAAUUUUUUAAUACUCAGUAAGUAGGAAAAACAAUUUUUUUAGAUUGAAGCAAGAGACAGCAAAUUGUGUACUAUUGUGUAAUUUUUAUAAUUGACAGAGCCUCAGUUCAGCAUCUAUUAAGUGAGUUUGUUCUUCUUAUUUGUAAUUUAAAAUUUAGUCCGCCAAACUUAAAUGCUUUAGAAAUUUCAAUCAUGACUCACAAUUUGAAAAGAAUAGUGUUGGUUUGUGACUCGCCUGUGCUACAUAUUGUUUCAAAAUUUACAUGUGCAUGUUCAUUACAUGUCAGUACUUUGUUUCUUCAUGAUGCUUUGUGAGCUUAGAUUUGAUCAACUACUGUGAAGUUAAGAUCUGAGCCCCUUUUAGUGUAAGGAAUUCUUUGUUUCUGAAUCAAGAAUUUGAAAUUUUUAUAAUUGUGUAAUUAUCACUAAAGGAUUGGACACACACCAAAAAAAUGUGAUAGAACAAAUGGGUGAUGCAUUAUAGAACAGUGUAUAUUUCAUUCACUUGGGACCAGAAUAUUUCUUUCCAUAGUCACAUCAGAUUUUUGAAAGCACCAGCUUUUGAUCAAGCAUUGGUUAAAAAUGUUAGAUUUUAAACUAACUUAAAUCUCCUUACUGUUCACUUAUAUAUUAAAAGUUGGUUUCUUUCCAACUUGAAGUGCUUUUCAUGUACAUUGCUGGACAUUACGUUGACAGUUAAUUAUGGUAUUCUAAUAGAAGUCUUAAAAUCUUACUUCAGAGUAGACCUCAGAUAGUUAUUAAAAUAAUGGUGUCGACAGUAAAUAUCACUGCUAUGGAUUCACAGUAAAAGUCUGAGAACUGGAACUUUAUCUUCAUGAUUGUCCAGGACAAAUUUUUAAAGGAAGGUUCUUUUUCAUGGUACAAAUUAAUCAUCCUAAUUUUUUCUUGUUAUUGAAUAAGUAUUAUUUUUUGCAUCUCACAUUACAGCAUAUUUAAAAUGCGACUAAACAUUGUUCAUUUGCACAAUAUGUGUGCAUGUUGCUUAUUAGGUGUGGCAUAUCAAGUGAUUCAGUUUCUGAUCGCAAUAAUUAUAAAAUGCCUUUGUGUAGAUGUUUGCACGUCAGCAUUCUGAUAAAUAUUUUGUAUAAAGCAUGGUAUUUUUGAGAAGCUUUAGACCUUAGGAGAUCUUUACUCUAGUUGUGAUACUGUAGGUUUUAAAGCUUUUAGAUGGCAGCUAAAGGGGAAAAAAACAGUCAUUGCAUUAUUAAUAUAAAAAAGUACCUUAAAUCAGUGUGUGUUUGAGAGAGAGAGAGAGAGAGAGAGAGAGAGAGCAGCAAAAAGGGUGCUUACAAAUAACAACAAUGGCAUAAUUGACAGCAGUUUUAAAAUAUUUUUCACUUUAGAUAGCACAGAAGUUCCAUCUAGUAUUUGUUGUCCAUUUUUGUAUUUGCCAGUAUAUGUUACCCCUCCAAUUCAUUGCAAGAGGAAAGCAAAUCUCAGUUGCCAUACGUUGUUGGGCAUAUUUUAAGUUACUGGCAGUUUUCUGUUUGUUCCAGAGUGAGGUUCUUUGUAAAAUUAAACAAAGGUAGUCUAUCCCUUCUUCUUCUCAAGCAUUAGAAGUCACUUUUGUUUAAGCUGUUUAAAAGUACCAUUCUGUAAGAAAAUAAGCUUCAUGCUAUUAUUCUUUGCCCAUAAACUUUUCAUUCCACAAAAGAGCUACAGAGUUGAAUUCUACCUGUGACUAAUAAAUUUACACAGUGGUUUGUAAUUUAAAUAGCUCCCUAUAUUAGAAUAACUUCUCAUUUGUGGUAUUUGACAUAUCUGCAUGGCUGUUGUUGGAGUGUUGAUCCAUUUAUAUUCAUAAAAUUCAGAGGAAACACAUCCAUCUUCAAUCAUGGUCAUGACUCUUGUGAAAAAUUCCGAUGAAUUUUGAAUCUUGAAGGUUAAGGUGCGGAAGUUAUUAUUUUGUUACAGUUUACUAAUGGUAAAUCCACUGGCCCUAUUAUACCAGGUGGCAUGCUGAGGAUUAUCAUGUACACAUAAUGUUAAAAUAAUACAUUGAGCAGCUGAAGAUCAGUCUUCAGGGAUUAAAAUGCAUUGCGCUUUCUCAUGAACACCAUUGUUGUAUCUGAUCAUGGUAUUUUUUCUAUUAAAUUUUACAAGUAUUUGACAUUUCCUCUGACCAUUGUGAAGAAACAUUAUUUCACAACAAUAAUAUUUUUUGGUUUUGAUGUAAUCAAGUAUGACUGUUUCAUACACUGCCUUCAUUUCAUUAAUACUGCCAUGAACUGACUACUAUUAAUUUUAUAAUAUAUUAGGGAUGAAUGGACAGCUAGUCUAUGGAAUAACAGAUUUACUGCUGCAAAACCAUUUAAAUUUACCGUUAGGAACAAGUAUGUUAUUCCUAUAAAAAUAAUGCCUUGCUCUUGCAUUGUUAAAGGCAGUUUUGGAUCAGUCUAUUAAAUUAUUGGCAGUGUCAUCUACCAGCAGCUUCAUUAAUCGUUUCUGUUAAAACAGCAUUGCUUCGGUCUAACUCAAGGUUUAAUUCCAGAUUUUAAGGAAUUUUUCUUCUGUCUCGUACUUACCAGCUGUCUUACCAUGUUUUCUCUCUAAGGUAUCUUAUUUUUUCCUGCAUUUGGAGGAACAUCAUGUUAGUCAUAGCUACCUCAUUUUGGAUUGCCCUCCAUUAUUAUUUUCAUAUAGAAACUGAAAAUUGUACAAAUGAAAGUUUCAGUAAGAUAUUCAUAUUUCUGUACUGUCCUCUUUCCACCUUUGUACUCACACUUAUUGGCUUCAUGUUUUGUCUUUUUUGCCCUACCAAAUUUUCUUCCAGACCAUCAACAAAAACUAAAAUAAGGGAACUGCCAAACUAGUGAAACUCCCUCAGUAAUUGCUAAUCUUUGUAAUUUGAUGAUUUUUGUCAUAAAAUAUUACUUCACUUGGUUCUGUUAAGUUUUUCAUUUAAUAAGCAUUGGAUAAUGUUGUAAAAUCAGUUUGUCUAAGUCUUAGAAUCUUUAGUGAACCAAAUUAAAUUCCCUUGAAUAUGAUCAUGUGAUGUAGAGAAAAUUUGUGGUGACAUGUGUCAGUUCUGUUUUAUAUUUUUAUGUACAUAUAUGUCCUGCAUUGGGUGAUUCGUUGAUAACAUGUUGUGAAAAGAAGAAAACCUUAUUUGACCUGUGUGAUAAUUUCGCAGUUGUUCCUGAUAAUCUGAUUACAGACAUCGCAUAUCUAGUAUUUUAAAAUAAAUUUUCUUUGUAUUUGAGAUUGAAUAUAUCAUGAAUCAUUUAUUGUGUAAUUAUAACAUUUUAAU